GUGCCCAUGUAGGCAUAAAGAAAUUGAACUCUUGUGGUUCCCUUAUCCUCUCCUUUUGAGCUUAACUCCUCACUUCACUCAUCACUGCCGAUCAAAAUAAAUAAACAACCCAACGAAUGAGGAAGUUCCACUUCAGUAGUCAAGAUAGAGUACAGCUCUCUCUCCUAGGUUGAUGAGAAACGAGAGGCAAUCAUAAAACCCAUCAGUGUUUACCUCCAUUUUCUCAGAAACCAAUCAAUCGAUAAUUAUUACAAUGGAAGUUGAGGUAAAACUUAGGCUUCCAGACUCAAACUCCCACCAAAAACUGUCCAUCAUCCUCUCUUCUUUCCACACCAAAACCUUAAUCCAAGAAAACAUCUUCUUUGACACCACCAACUCCAAACUCUCCUCAAACUUCGCAGCUCUCCGUCUUCGUUUCUACAAUCUUGAUUCUUACUGCAUCCUCUCUCUCAAAGCUAAACCUAUCAUGUCAGAUGGCAUUAGCCGCGUUGAAGAGCAAGAAGAGCCCAUUGACCCCAAGAUUGGCCGCAUGUGCGUGGCUGAGCCCGGCCAGUUACUGGGAUUAUUAGAGAGUUCAAAGAUAAUUCAGAGAGUAAGAAGGGAGUUUGGGGUUGGAGAAAACGAGGUUCUUGUUUGUUUGGGUAUGUUUAGGAAUGUGAGGCAAGUGUUUGACUGGAAAGGACUGAAACUAGAGCUUGAUGAGACAAUUUAUGAUUUUGGAACCAGUUAUGAGAUUGAAUGUGAGAGUAAAGAGCCUGAGAAGGAUAAGAAGUUGAUUGAAGGAUUGUUGAAGGAUAAUGGGAUUGAGUUUUCCUACUCGGAAGCUAACAAGUUUGCAGUUUUUCGAUCUGGGAAAUUGCCCCGAUGAGAAAAAGAAUGUGUUAUUUUAAAUUGUAUUGAAACAGCAAUGAGUGAAUCAAAUCUCCUUAUUGAUGUUAUCAUGUUAAAUUUGCUUUUCAUUUCAACUAGUUCUUGGAAUGGCAUUAUUGUUCUUGACU